AUGCCCCCCUUCGCCGGCGCCGGUGACAUGCCUCAACCGGAUAUCUACGUCUUCACUUCCGCCGGUCAGCGGAUUUGCGCUCACUCUAAGAUUCUGGCAUCAGCAUCGCCGGUGCUGGAGAGCAUGAUAGAGAAGCACCAGAGUACCGAACCGAAAAUCACGAUUACCGGCGUACCGUUCGAUGCCGUCCACAUCUUCCUCCAGUUUAUGUAUUUCGCCAAGUGCAGCCAUGAGCAAAUGGACAAGUAUGGAAUGCACCUCUUAGCCUUAUCCCAUGUCUACUCUGUACAACGGCUGAAGCAGGUAUGCACAAGAGGCUUAGCUAGGAGACUGAACGUCGAAAACGUGGUUGAUGUGCUUCAGCUUGCAAGACUGUGCGACGCGCCUGAUCUCUACCUCCAAUGUAUGAGAUUCUUGACUAAUAGCUACAAAGCUGUUGAGGAAACCGAGGCGUGGAACUUCUUGCAAGACCACGAUCCUCAUCUCGAGCUCCAGAUUUUACAAUACAUCGAUGAAAAUGAAUUGAGGAGGAAGAGAACGAGGAGGCAUAGGCGGGAGCAGAGUUUAUAUAUGCAGCUGAGUGAAGCAAUGGAUUGUCUUGAGCAUAUAUGUUCGGAGGGAUGCAUGAGCGUUGGCCCUUGUGACAUGGACCCGAACAAGCAUAAGGGUCCGUGUAGCAAGUUCUCGACCUGCCAAGGGAUACAGCUUCUGAUCAAGCAUUUCGGUGUUUGCAAGAAGAGAGGUGAUGGAGGGUGUUCGCGUUGCACGCGGAUGUUGCAGCUCUUCAAGCUGCACUCUUCGAUUUGUGAUGAGCCUGAUGAAUGCAGAGUCCCCCUCUGCAGGCAAUUCAAGUUAAAGGCACAACAAGAUGGACGAGGGAAUGAUGCGCGGUGGAGACUGCUUGUGAAGAAGGUGGUCUCAGCCAGAACCAUUUCUUCUCUCUCCCUAACAAUGAGGAAGGGAGUGGACGAACCCCGGAUCGCAUUGCAUCCUCGCAGGAGGAGGAGAUUUAGUCUGUAAAUCAAUUCUCACUUUACUUUGCCAUGUAAUUUGUGGCUAAAGUGAAGUUUUAAAAAAAUGUGGUGGUUAUUGUUGUGUGUUGUCACUUGUCACAUAGCAGUUUUGUUCCCCUUGUGUCUGUGUGUGUGUGUGUGGAAAAGUAGGAAAAGCCAACUAGUUGAUUGUAAUAAUCUACUACGUUUUUUUGGUAGUGGAUUGGUUGGUUUGUUAGUACGGAGUGUAGUAUAGUUAUGUUUUUAAGUUGUGAAUUUUGAUAUGCAAGUGGAGUAGCUUUCAUUCUUUAA